AUGGAGAGGGCUUCGGAUAGGCCUGACGGGGUUGAUUCUGGGAUGGACGAUUUGAAUGGAGCCGAGCCCUUUGAAGGGGGGGAUUUGAUUAGUUCUGAUGUCCGAGAUACUUCGCAGACAAGGGAAGCCUUUGAACCCCAUGGCAUGAUGAAGACAAAAGGAGUUCGUGGGCCCUACAAGAAGGCCAAAAGAGUAGAGGAAGGAGGAUAUGGAUACUUGUAUGGCAAUCUUUAUGAACAGGCACAAGCUCGUAGACAGAAGAUCUUAGGGUUUCUACAGAAAGACCUAUUCCAGAUAGGAAGACCAGAUCUGAGAAGAUUUAUGAAUGUUAACCAUGCUUAUGAAUGCCUCCUUCCGUACCAUAUAUUUGGAUUUGAUCUGUAUGAAGACAUGCUAUUUAUGAGCAGCAAAGAGGCAGGAGGGAUUUCAUCAGAGAUAGAUGAGAUGAUAGAAUUAAUGAAAGAUGCUGUAGUUCUUGAAAGCAGGCCUGUAGUAGUGGAGGAGACAUUGGUCUGCGAGUUACUUCUGUAUUAUCAACAGAGAUAUAUAAACUCUAUCUACGGAGAUGGAAAGAAGCAAAAAGCUCAGAGAAGAUACAGACAACAGCUGAAUAAGAGAAACACAGUAUUCAGGCUGAAGAUCGGGGUUAGGGAACCAAGAGGAAAUGAUGUGAAUGUAAGAAAUGGAAGAUUAUAUUUCAAGAAGUAUGAGUGA